UGUUGGCUGAGGUAUAUUGGGGCCAGCCAUAAAUCGUUGUUACGUCUUUCCGAAUUAUAUAACUCCUGAUGAUGAUGAUGUCGAUAUCUCUGCCAGUCCACCACUGCACCUAACUUCUUUUUUUUGGAAGAAGAAGGCAAAAAAGGACAAAGACAUGGGGCGACAGAACAUGGAAGCUCCGCUUUUGGACAGUGAUCAUUUGGAUUUGUUGGCGGCAAAUGAAAAGAGGGGAAACAAGAAAUGGAACAGAGCUCUUUGCUUCAUCUUCGUUUUGUUAACCUUCUCAAUUGUAGGCCUAAUAUUCAGAGACAACUGGAGUUACUUGGUAGUCAAAGGAGGAUACAAGUACGAUGAAAGGAUUCAAGUCCGUGGCCCUAACAGUGUCGAGUCAGAACAAGGUGUUGUUGCUGCCGAUGAUGGACGUUGUUCUGAAAUUGGUGUACUCAUGCUCAAGAAAGGUGGGCAUGCGGUGGAUGCUGCGGUGGCAAUAGCACUGUGCGUCGGAGUUGUCAAUCCAAUGUCAAGUGGAAUUGGAGGUGGAGCAUUCAUGAUUGUCAGGUCUUCAUCAACUUCACAAACCCAAGCUUUUGAUUCGAGAGAAACUGCUCCCUUGGCUGCUUCACAGGAUAUGUAUAUGAAUGAUAUCAAAGCCAAGUAUAGAGGUGCAUUAUCAAUGGGAGUUCCUGGUGAGAUUGCUGGCCUUCAUGAAGCUUGGUUGAGAUAUGGACGAUUAGCUUGGAGGACAUUAUUUAAGCCUGCAAUAAAACUUGCUAAAGAGGGAUUUGUGGUUGCUCCAUAUCUCGGAUUAUGCAUUGCUAGCAAUGGGAGGAUGAUCAUGAAUGACCCUGGCUUAAGGCGAGUGUUUGCACCAAAGGGGAAGUUGUUACAAGCGGGUGAAAAGUGCUAUAAUGUGGAGCUAGCGCAAAGCCUUGAGGCAGUGGCAGAACAAGGACCAGAUGCUCUUUAUAAUGGAACCAUUGGAGAGAAAUUGGUAAAAGAUGUGAGACAGGCUGGUGGGAUUUUGACAAUGGAAGAUUUACGGAAUUACAAGGUAGAAGUUACAGAUGCAAUGGUUGCAAAUGUAAUGGACUACACUAUAUAUGGAAUGCCACCUCCUUCAAGUGGAACACUCGGGCUGUCUCUGGUUAUGAACAUCCUUGGGAGCUACGGAAGUGCUGAUGCUGCAAAGGGGGAUCUUGGCUUGCAUCGCCUGAUUGAAGCAUUGAAACACAUGUUUGCUGAACGAAUGAACUUGGGUGAUCCUGAUUUUGUGGACAUAACCAAAUAUACAUCUGAAAUGCUUUCCGUUUCUUAUGCAAAGCAAAUUCAGCAAAAGAUACUUGACAACACUACUUUCCCAGCAGACUACUAUAUGUACAGAUGGAGUCAACUCAGAGACCAUGGAACUAGCCAUUUUUGUGUUGUAGAUGCGGAACGCAAUGCGGUAUCAAUGACAACCACUGUAAAUUAUCCUUUUGGAGCUGGGGUGCUAUCUCCUUCCACUGGUAUCGUGGUUAACAAUGAGAUGGGUGAUUUCUCAGCACCAACAGAGAUUUCUCCUGACAUGCUCCCUCCUGCUCCAGCAAAUUUUAUUCGCCCAAAAAAGAGGCCUCUAUCUUCCAUGACACCACUUAUUAUUACCAAGGAUAAUCAGCUGGCCGGGGUCAUUGGUGGCAGUGGUGGAAUGAGCAUAAUACCAGCAGUAAUCCAGGUUUUCCUAAAUCAUUUUUUCUUGGGGACGGAACCUUUAGCCGCGGUUCAACAUCCAAGGAUCUACCACAAGCUAAUACCAAAUGUAGUUUCAUAUGAAAACUGGACUGUGAUUGAUGGUGAUCAUAUCGAGCUUGCCGAGGAGACAAAGACUUUCUUGGCAGAGAAGGGUCAUCACCUGCAGGCUAAGUCAAGUGGGGCUAUCGUCCAGUUUGUUGUUCAAACCCUCCAAAACCCCAUCGAAAUGGGCCGAAAAUAUGGAAAAGGUUCCAAUAUAUAUCAUGGAACACUAACUGCCGUUAGUGACCCUAGAAAAGAUGGGAAGCCUGCGGCACUUUGAUCCCUUUGUUUUCUUUUAGGGGGUUUAGACGUCCUGAGGGAACAGAGCGAUCAUCGAAUUAAUCACUUACAAGAUAAUUAUGUAAUCAUGAGGAACACGACUGUUCAUUCACUGGACUGUUUUCAGAUAAGAUCAGUCGUGUAUAAUUUCAUUCUUGUGAACCACUUCAACUCAAAAUUUGUAAAUAAAAUUUCGCCUAAGGGUAGUCAGUCCUCAGUUGGAAACAAA